AGGCUGAUCGGGGUGAGUUCCGGGGGCAGUGAGGCCGGUUGUGCAUUGUCCUGCAAGCCAAGCAGCCAGAGUGGGAGGGGUUCUGCCCAAACCCAGCUGUUUGGCAUCAGAAAGAGAAGGGUCAUUUCAGAGCAUUUCUAGGAGACUCAAACUCCCCUGCGUGGCCAGCUCCCGAGCGCGCACACACUCUGGAGUUCACAGGCCACAAGCAGAGCCAGCCCCCUGCUCUCAUGCAGCUCCGGGCAGUCGGAGAGGAGAGGAUGAUGAUGAUUGCCUGAGCCUGUCACCACACUGGCUGCAGUAGCUGUGCACGGCUCAGUCCUGAGCUGUGCAAGGCUGGAGGAGGAGGCAGUGUUGCUCAGAGCCGAGCGAGGGUGGAUCUCUCGCCAUAGAAGCAAGAGGGGAAGCUGUCAGUGGGAGAGAUGGAGCAGCCGUGUCUGAGAGCAACCUCCCUCUAAGGGAUCCGCUGUGUGUGUGUGUGUCCCUGUGCCUCGGAUUUCCGCCCGUGCCCCUAAUCUCAUGGCUGGUUUUACAUCCGCGCACAACAGCUGGGCUUGCUCCAUUCGGUGAGCUCCAGAAACAAAGGCACUUCAGAGCCGGACGGACACACGCCCAGCCGCCUUGUUGUUGUUAGCCACGGAGGAAGGCGACAGCCCCGCGGAGCUCUCCGCCUCGCCUGCAGCCGGGCUCUGUGUGUCUGUGCGGGGGAGCGCACGAGAAGCCGCUCCUGCCUAAAGAGACCGCUUCCUCGGCUCCACGUUAACAGCUAGUGAUUUUCCACCCCUCUCCGCUCCUUCCCCGACAAGUGGCUGGGCCAUGGGAGACAAAGGAACCAGUGGUAACGAGACGGCAGCCUACAAGUACAGAGUAUUUAAGAAAGCAAGUCCCAAUGGAAAGCUCACCGUCUACCUUGGGAAGAGGGACUUUGUCGACCACAUAGAUGUUGUGGAUCCCGUUGAUGGCGUCGUGUUGGUCGAUCCAGAGUACUUAAAAGAAAGGAAAGUCUUUGUCACGCUGACGUGCGCCUUCCGCUACGGACGGGAGGAUCUGGACGUGCUGGGAUUGACCUUUCGGAAGGACUUGUUUGUGGCCAACAUCCAGGCCUUCCCCCCGGUCCCUGAGGAGAAGAAACCCCUGACGCGACUCCAGGAGCGGCUGAUUAAGAAGCUCGGCGAGCAUGCCUACCCCUUCACUUUUGAGGUAGGAGUUUUUCCCAUUUCAUUCUCCUUUGUCCCCUUUCGUCUCUCAUGCCCCUUGGGCGGUGCCUUCGUCCCAAGCCAAGGCAGGGCUGGACCAGAUCGGAACUUGGAUGAGAUAUCUCCAUAGAAAUGCCAGAUCACAGCAGGAAAUGGUCCUGGCAACACAGGGAAGGCCUGUGGCGUUGACUACGAGGUGAAAGCUUUCUGUGCAGAGAACCUGGAGGAGAAAAUCCACAAGAGGAAUUCCGUGCGCCUGGUGAUCCGCAAAGUGCAGUACGCGCCGGAGAGACCGGGCCCCCAGCCUAUGGCGGAGACCACCAGGCAGUUCCUGAUGUCCGACAAGCCACUGCAUCUGGAGGCGUCCCUGGACAAGGAGAUUUACUACCAUGGCGAGCCAAUCAACGUCAACGUCCAUGUGACAAACAACACAAACAAGACGGUGAAGAAGAUUAAAAUCUCAGUGCGCCAGUACGCGGACAUCUGCCUAUUCAACACUGCUCAGUACAAGUGCCCCGUGGCUGUGGAAGAGGCGGAUGACGUGGUGGCUCCGAGUUCGACGUUCUGCAAAGUCUACACGCUGACCCCCUUUCUCGCCAACAACCGGGAGAAGCGGGGCCUGGCCCUGGACGGGAAGCUUAAACAUGAAGACACCAAUCUGGCUUCCAGCACGUUACUAAGAGAUGGAGCCAAUAAGGAGAUCCUGGGAAUUAUUGUCUCGUAUAAAGUGAAAGUGAAGCUGGUGGUGUCUCGGGGAGGUGAUGUUGCUGUGGAGCUGCCGUUCACACUGAUGCACCCCAAGCCCAAGGAAGAGCCCUUGCACCGGGAUGUUCCAGAGAAUGAAGCUCCCAUAGAUACAAAUCUCAUAGAGCUUGAUACAAAGUCCUGGUCCCUUGCACGAUACGAUGGCGUGAGGUUGUUUCCAGCUGUGAUGUCUCACUUGGUGCCUGGCAGGCCCGGCCCUCGCAGAGCCUGUACUGAGCAGCGACGGCCUCUGAGUGACGACGACAUUGUGUUUGAAGACUUCGCCCGACAGAGACUGAAGGGCAUGAAAGACGACAAGGAGGAAGAUGAGGAGGGGACAAACUCGCCGCAGCUGAACGACAGAUAAACGGGAUUCUUUUAACCAGUUUUGUUUGUUUCCAGUAACACCUCUGCAUUAGGCUUCUUAUAUUUUGUAUGAUUUUUUUUUCUACAUGUACCGGGAGCCUAUGGAUCACCCAGCUGGUGACGGCAAUUAUAACCUUACAGCUGUGCCAUAUUUAUCACCAUGCAUCUAGCUACCUAGGCUGAAGUCUCGUCAGCUGUCUCGAGAACGAACACAGGGUGGUGGGCCAGAUCCCGAGGGGGGUUGCAGCAAGCAGGUGUCACCGACGCUCAGCACCCCUUAGGAUUUGGCCCCCUCUAGUCCCUGGCUCUGUUUUCACUCUGGAGCAGCUGCUCUCAGCCCUUUCGUAUGAUCUGCAUCUUUUAUGCAUUUUGUAUAAUCCAGACAAGACAAAUCUUUGUUACGGGGGUGGGAGGAAGGGGUGGGGCGGACAACGCGUGUGAAAGGGGUUUAUUUUCUAGGCACAUUGGUUUCACUGCAGAUGGGACAGUGGGUGAAGUGGGCACAAUGCUACACCCUGGCUGGAGAACAGUUGUGACGCCGAUCAGCUGACCACACUGAGUCCCGGGCUGUGACCCGCCCUCCCUGCGGUUCACAGCCUAUUGGCAAAGCCUGCAGAUCUGUGCGCGGCCCAUCUGGGCCGACCCUUAGCACAGAGCCCACGCCCCAACCUCAGCACUGCUGGUCCCCAGCCCCUGUCCCUCAUCUUGCUGGCUGAUGGCAAGGAUCUCCCUCGCUCGAGGGCAACUAGACUUCCCAGUGUGGGUCCCACGCUGGCCCUGCUUUGACCCCUGUACCCGCACCAGGAUCCUAGCCCCACACAGGGUCUUGCAGGAAGUGGUGGAGGACUGGCUGGGCCAGGGCGCUCUUGCUGGCCACUCAGGGAGGCUGUGCAGAGCCUCCUGUUAGCUGCAGGCAGUGCUGGACAAGGGUUCCUGCCUGGGGAAGCAUCCCCUUACGUGAUCCCUGCCAGUUCCACUCAGCUCCUACAGAGUCAGGAGAAAGGGGCCGCUAGGGGAUCGACCCCAGUAUCUUAGUUUCUUCUGCAACACACUGUCCCCCUAGUCCGGCGUGUUUAGAGGAGGGAUGACGAGAAGCGGCUUUUGUGUCUGUCAUCGGAGAGAGAGACAGUCACCAGCAGUUCAGACACAUGUGCUGAGAGUGUUGGCUCCCAGGGUGGAGACCGUAGGGUUGGGGAACCGCUGCUCUGGGAUCUGCUGUCUGUCUCCCAUUCUGCACCUUGCGUGCCGUGCCAUGGACUUGGGCUGCUCGUGAUUGCAAGCUGCAGCCGUUCCGAGUGAGUUCCGAUGUCUGCUGGCGCAUGGGAGGCAGUGGGCACCAGCUGGCCCAGCCUCAGCCUGGCAAAGUGGCACUGUUGCUCUUUAAGGACAGGACCGGCUGCAUUUGGACACUGCCAGGCAGUGAAAGGUUCUGUGGCAGCCAAGAGGGGCAAGCUGCAGGAGGCAGGAAUCAGUCAGUCAGGCUGAUAGUCUAUGGCGACUGCUCAAUCCGUUAACACAGGGACACACGUGCCUCACUGUGAACACAGCCACCUGCUCUCCCGCCAGCCGGAGCGCACGGCUGUGCGUAGACCAGGCCGUGCGCUGUCCCACGCUGUUCCGUACCCCACAGGCCUGGCGUGUGGCUGGGGGGCUGUGAAGCACUGGGAUCCCUCGGGUUAAGGGAGGAAGGUGUGAGUGGCAAUUUCCGGGCCUAGGCGUGACGAGAGAAACAGGCAGGAUGCUAGUCCCAGUCCCUUCCAUCGUGGGAACAAGGGAAUGGUCCUAGGGUGAGGCAUUAGGAGAUAACUGCCUACUAGGCUUUGCCUUUGUAGUUCCUCCAUAAAGGCUAUGGACGAGGUUGUUUGAAUCGUAAGGGACCAAUCCUGGAGGCCAUGCCGAGGCAAAACGCUCUGCGGCCUGUAUGAGUUUUGGCUGGGUUUGGCCUGUAGGACGAGUCCCCACAGAGUGGCUGGAACAGGGUGGUGAGCUGCACAUUUGGUGUUUGCAUUUAUUCUGUUGGAGGCAAACUCUGCUUUGGGCCCCCAUCAGCUCCACGGCCGCGCACACGCCUGACCCUAGGAAUGCAGGAGAGAAAAAUCCUGGAGAGGUCAGUGGUGUUUGAUUUGCAGGGCCAAUGGGAUUGGACAAGGCUGAUCCUGUGACUGAAGAUAACAUUUUGAAGCCAAAGUAUUGUCGAGUCUUGGAAACCCGUAACGUUUUUAUCUUCUGUGCCAGGACUGCAUGUAUAUAUCACACACACACACACACACACACACACACACACACACACACACACACACACACAC